AUGACUGAUGGAACUAAGAUAGAUCUUGCAACGUUGGAGGAGAUUAUUAAAUGCAAGCUCAACGAUCACAAAAAGCUCAAAGCUAUCUUCAAGUACCUUCGUGGAGCACAUGAUGAAAGCAGUAUCUAUGUUCCUCCAGAGAAGUUACAACAAUUCAACAUACGUGUAUCAACCAUAGACCUAGAACAGGGGGGCCGUUUUUUUAAGCCUAUCCCAGUAGCUGACUUCAAAUCUUGGAUCUAUGACGAGACGAUUUUGCGUGAAAUUAAGUGGGAUCGUGAAAGUCGGCUCAUGAGAGAUGCCGAAUCUAUUUACCGCAAGUGCUGGAACCUAAUUAAAUCUGAAAUACCGGAACAUGCCCAAACGGAGGACCUUGUCUUAUUCCUUCAGUAUACGCCGUGGAGUGAAGUUAUAGUUCCUCGUACCCGUAUGGGGGGUAACUUCGGUAUCUCUUUCUCCGACGAAUUAACAAACUGGGUAGCCCAGACCGACCUCCAUGUUUAUGAAUGCAACCCUUCUAAGAGCCAUGUCAUCUCAUUUUCUACGCAUGGACUACAGCCUGACAAAAGCACUGAGUCAAAACUUACUCGUAGUGAGAUAUUGGUGCUUAUGAUUUCCUGUUUUAAUCGGCAAGCACGUGUGAACGAAGUGUACUUCGAGGAUGGGACGUUGCACUUCAACUGUACCCCGUUUAUCGAUAUGGAAGUAUUCGAUAAAUAUAAGUGCGAGUUACUGGCCCGUUGGUCGGUGAGCCACCCAGUCGGUGAAACAACUGCGUACCCAAACUUAACGAAGCUACCGGAUGGCUUUGAAAAAUUCAUGUCCUACCGAAAUGGUAAGCCAUUAGCCAAGUCCAAGAAGAAGAGUCCACAGCCUACACCAAAGCCGACGCUGAAGAGGCUGGAAGAGCUCAAGAAGCGGUGA